AUGUUUGGGUUCGGAAAGAAGAGCGAGGAGAACUCUGUUGAGCCUCACAACAGCGACAAUGCAGACAUCGAGCCACGUCCUCAAAGACCGUGGGUAGAGACGGCCCUCCCUGUAUUUGCUUGUGGAGCUGGUCUCUUUUCUGAUGGCUACAUCAACAACGUCAUCGGAUCCGUCAACACGACUCUAAAAAUCCAGUACAAAGACGUCUACAUCAACUCAAACGCCUUCAAAUAUGUUGCCGACAUUGCUUUUGCCGGUACCGUCGUUGGUCAAUUGAUCUUUGGUUUUCUGGCCGAUCAUUGGUCGCGAACCAAUACUCUGAUGGUAUCUACCGUUAUCCUCAUCAUCUUUACUGCACUGGCCGCUGGAUCAUACUGGCAUGGGGAGCCUGUAGGCAUGUUCAAUAUGCUUACUGCCUGGAGAUUCUUUGUGGGAAUCGGUAUCGGAGGUGAAUAUCCUGCUGGUAGCGUCGGAUGCGCCGAGUCGAGUAGUCAGAUGAAGAAGGGCACUCGAAACAGGUGGUUCAUUCUCUUCACUAACUCCAUGAUUGACUUUGGAUUCGUUAUUGGCGCUUUUGUUCCUUACGUGGUUGCGGCGGCCUGCCACAACGGUCACCUCAGCACGAUUUGGCGAACUAGCUUGGGAAUCGGUGUUGUAUUUCCUCUCGUCCUCUUCGUCAUGCGUCUUGGACUCAAGGAGCCUGAAGAGUUUACCCAGAACUCCAUGAGACAUCAGACACCUUACUGGCUGGUUCUGCGCUACUACUGGUUCAGACUGUUGUGUGUCAGCCUGGUCUGGUUCCUCUAUAACUUUUCAUCCUACGCCUUUGGCAUCUACUCAUCGUCGAUUCUCUCUGGUAUCUAUGGUGAGGACGCACCACUAACAACAGUCUUUGGCUGGAACACAGUUGUCAACAUGUUCUACUUGCCUGGUACCCUGAUCGGUGCCUUCGUGAGCGACUGGAUCGGCCCUCGAUACACUCUCGCUCUCGGCGUCACUCUCCAAGCUAUCGUCGGGUUCAUCAUGGCUGGAGUAUACUCUAAGAUCUCAGGUAACAUCGCUGCGUUUGCUGUCGUCUUUGGUAUCUUCCAGGCCCUCGGCGAGUUGGGACCCGGAAAUAACAUUGGUCUCUUGGCUGCCAAGACCUCGGCGACGGGUGUCAGAGGUCGAUACUACGGUAUCGCUGCUGCUACUGGAAAGAUUGGUGCUUUCGUUGGUACCUGGGUAUUUCCAUACAUCCAAAAGGCUGGUGGUAACGACACAGAGUCAGCUCAGUACCCCUUCUGGGUAUCGUCGAGUUUGUGUAUCUUGUCCGCCGCUAUCGUCUUGUUCUGCAUCCCGCAUGUUGGCCAAGACACUAUUGCCAUUGAAGACCAAAAGUUCCGCGAGUAUCUCCAGGAGCAUGGAUGGGAUACUGCUCAGCUUGGUGUCAAGCAACCUGGUGUGGAGGAGGGCGCUGUGGUAAAUGAUAAGGCUGUUGAGCAGUGA